CAAUACACCCAUAAUAAAGAGGAAAAUGACACAAGUGUUCAAUUUUCCAGCGAACCCCAUUGAAGGGAAAUCUAGAUUAUUGGAUCACCAUUUCCCAAGCAUCACAAUCGCUGUGAUUUGCUAAAAAUAUGUUAAUUACCCUAAAUUAGAAUUUCCUUUACUAUAAAACACCCCAACACCUAUGAAACCAAACACACUCUUCCUCAAACCAAGGAACCCUUAAUUAAAAAAAAAAUAAAAAAUGAAUUCUUUAACAAUUUGUUCCAUGUUCCUUGGUUUGAUUCUAAUUUCUCAAUCACCAUUUGAAGCAAAUGCAACACUUCUUGAUUUAGGAGGAGGAGGAGGAGUACCACUAGUUUCCUUACUUUGCGACGGUUCAUCCAACAAGGUAGAAUGCAGCAAGGUUCUAUCAAGCCCACAAACCGCGCAAGCCAAGAAUUGGACAGAACUCUCAAAGGCUGUCGCUGAAAUCGCCAUUAAAAAAGUUGUCGAAGGAGAAGCUUUCCUUAAAGGAUUGGCACAGAAAAGUAAAUCUCAAGUGCUUGACACAUGUGCAGAUUCUUAUAGUUCAUUAGUUGUGACUUUCAAAUUUUGCUGGGAUUUUGCUGAUGGGGAUCCUCAUACUGUUAGUUAUGAUUGCGUAACUGCUGGUGAUCUUCUUGCGCGAUGCGAUGGUAAGGUUAACCCUGAUGUUACUGCAUUUAACCGUCAAACCAAAUUCCUUUAUGGGCUUCUUUACGAAACUAUUACUCAACUUCCGAACUAUUUGACGAAGAAUCAGGGGUAAUUGCCUAUUUACUCAACUUUGAAUUGCAUUCCUUUCAUGGUUGUUAUUUUGGGAAAACUAUCCAAAUUGAGAAGAAGAAUGUGAUGGUUGAUUUUGGUUUGGAUGUAUUUUAAUUUUAUUGUCUCCUUAAUUUGGUGUGAUGAUGUAUAUGGAGGGAGAGUCAGUCGUUUAAUAAAGUAAAUUUACAAUGCAAAAAACAAACAGAUUUUCAUUGAGACAAGAAUGCUUGAUCUGCCAUGUUGCAUGAAUUUUCGGUAUUGAUUGUAUGAUUAUGUUAUGUUUCAAUCCCUUAUUGGUAUAGCUUCUAUGAAUCCAUUGCACUAUGUAUUUUUGAGGAUAGAAUAUGAGAGAUUCUCUCCUCAAGGGACGUGAAUGAACCAGAAGUGAUACAGUUUGGUUAUAUUUUUCAUUUUUUUUUUUGUGAGUUGAAAAAGUCCAUUGCAUUGUGAUAUAUGAUUUAUUUUUUUAUUUGAAGUAUCUAUGACUUUGAAGCUAGCCAGUGGUGU